CUUGCAGUAAACAAAGGUACUGCAUCACGUGUUCCGCAACGUGGAAGGCUUCAGCGUAGACACCUCUAAAACAUUUUUUUGACACCACUGCCUUUAAUAGUUUUUCGUUCGACGUAUUCUUUUCGUACGUUAUCCUAUCUAAACUGUUCCCCGAAAUACACGGCACAAAACAUCUAACCGCACCUUCAAACCCAGCUAAAAAAUCUUCAUGUUGGUCUUCUCAGAAUUCUCUACCGAUGAUGUCACCACUGGUUCCAACUCAGAAGACGGCAUUAGAAGCCCUGUUCAGUUCCGAGUCCGGACCGGCACCAUGAAGAAGACAAUCACUGUCCUGUCCCUGGUACUGAACUGCUGUCUACUGGUUGUUGUGAUCUUUCUGGGUGUGGCGGUGAUGAACAUAAAGCUGUCAGUGAGUCAGCUAGAGGAGAAAACCGGAGCAGCCAUUGCUGAUCAAUCAAAUGCGUUUGAAAAUCUACAAAAGACACUGCAAAUGCCAGGGGACUUUACAGAAGGUGUAAAAAAAGACGGGAAAGCCCCGGAAAAGCAAACGAACCUUCCCAUCCUGACAGACAUCCCAGAGAGUGAGAAUCUGCAGCGCCUGGAGAAAAUUGAUACUAAUAUCAAAAACCAGCAAAACAAACCAGAGAAAGCACAUCCUACAACUGCCACCAGCCGACCUUUCUCCUUCUGCCCAAACGACUACCAGAAGUACCGCGAAGUCUGCUACAAACCGUUUGAAACACGUAAGCAGUUCCGAGAGGCGGCUGCUGCCUGUGUCGCCGACGGAGGCACCCUCGCCAUGCCCCGUGAUGCCGGCAUCAACGCCUUCCUCAUCUCCCUCAUCGAUUCAGCCAAGUUCAAGUUCGCCAAGUUCUGGUUCGGCUUGCACAGUCAGCGGGAAAACGGGAGGUGGGAGUGGAUAGACGGAACCCCACUGGGGACCAACUUCAGCAUGUGGGGAGAGGGACAACCCAGUAACAACGGAACAGGGCACCAGCGCUGUGUCCUGUACAUGUACUGGCGAGUCUACAAUGACAUCAACUGGAAUGACUAUGGGUGUACCGGCCGACGUAAUUUCAUCUGCCAAAUCAUACCGUCAGAUACCCAAAACAAGUAA